AGCAGUUUGUUUACAAUAAGGAUUUGAGCAAGGAAUAGCGAUCACGCGUAUAUUUGCCGAGCCACGAAACCGACUUGCAGCCGGCUUGCACACGAUGUCGCUAUUGUGUUUAGGUUAUCAAUCCUAAUUGGACAUGCAGAAACAUAAAUGUGUAUUAGCUUAUGUAGUUAUUGUCUAGCUGGCGUCUAUUAACGUGUGAAUUUGCCAUGCGCGUCACAGCUUUACGGAGCCGGGCAACCGGAAACCAUUCAAUUUGCAAUUGCACUUCGCCUUUGAUAACGCGCCCAACUUCGCGGAGUGUGCGACAUCAGCAGGUGUUGUUGCGGGCGGCAGCGCUUGCGGAUGCACAGUUAGACGACACAGCAGCGGCCAGUUACAGCAGCACCAACAGCCCUACCACACUCUUCAGCCCCAGGACGGACCUGCAAGGUAGCUCAGGGAGCUAUGCUGCUUCCGCGGGACAGGCUACCGUAUCCUCUGCUCCACUGUCAUUUGAGCACAGGCGUGGCAUCCGAGAUGCUCGAGGGCAGCUAAUGCUAAAGAACCUGCCGCUACCAGAGCUGGAGGAGUGGUGCGCCAGCGUUGGCGAGCCUCCCAAACGUGCACGACAGUUGUACCGUUGGUUGUACGGCAACCGGAAAUGGAUCCGCAGCCUUGACGAGGCGGAUUCGGACCCGCAGGCCUUCAGCGCAGCGUUCAAAGCCAAGGUCUCGCACUCCGCCUCCCUCUCCGGAGGUCUGCGGCUGCGGUCGGUCCACACCGCCCGAGACGGCACCCGCAAACUGGUGUACGACCUUGUUGGUGGGGAGGAGGAGGAGGAGCCGGCGGAGGCGGAUAGGGAAGAGGAGGCGGAUGCAGCAGAAGGGAGACAGGAGAAGGAAGCUGGGAAUGCAGCUGGAGGAGCGGAGGCAGAGGGAAAAGGAAGUGGCAGCAGCAGUAGUGGAAGGAGUAGUAGCAGUAGCAGCAGCCAUGGCAACAGCAGCAGUGUUUGGGGAGAUGGAGGGAAAGGAGCGACGGUUCUGACCCGUGGGUCGGUGGAGACGGUGCUCAUCCCCAUGACCAACCGAAGCGGCCAGAACCUCCGCUAUACGGCGUGCUUGUCCACGCAGGUGGGUUGCGCCCAGAACUGCCAGUUCUGCCACACCGGCCGCAUGGGGCUGCUGGGGCACCUCAGUACGGCACAGAUCGUGGAGCAGCUCGUACAGGCUCGGCGCUACCUAGCGGCUGAGGGUGUGAGCACGCCCAUCGCCAACGUGGUGUUCAUGGGCAUGGGCGAGCCGCUGCACAACUACGAAGCAGUCAUGCCGGCAAUCGAGAUCCUGGCCACCGGCUUGGAGCUGAGUCGCAACAAGAUCAUCGUAUCCACGGUGGGGCUGGUGCCGGAGAUGCGGAGGUUCCUGGCGGCACGGGUGGCCAAGCUAGCUGUGUCGCUGCAUGCCACCACAGACGAGGUUCGCGACUGGCUGGUUCCGACCAACCGCCGUUAUCCGUUGGAGCAACUGAUGGGGGCCCUACGCGAGGCCUUUCCAUACGACAAACGCAAGGGUGACGAUUUCGUUGUGAUCGAGUACGUCUUGCUUGCGGGAGUGAACGAUAGUGUGGAGGACGCUCAGCGGUUGUUGGCGCUAACCGCUGACGUGUACUGCUUGGUCAACCUGAUCGUCUUCAACCCGCAUGCGGGGACUCCCUUUCAGAGGUCCUCCCCUGCCGCCGUGUUCGCCUUCCGCGGCGUGUUCCUGGCCGCCGGCCGCCCCUGCACUGUGAGGGCCAGCAAGGGGGACGACCAGAUGGCGGCAUGCGGGCAGCUGGGGGAUGUGGGGCUGGCUCCGAAGGGGCCGGUGCCGUUGCGGCUGCAGCUGCCCUCCUCGUCAACCCCCGUGUCAGCAGCAGUUGUUGCAGCGUAGAGGCAGCAGGCGGGGGGUCUGUGCCGGUGAGGCUGCAGCUACCGGGGAUGGCGGAGGCAGCGGCAGCAGUGAGGAGGGCAGUAAGAGUACCGGGGUAGGACAGGCGCUGACAGGAUGCAGCUGGGGACAUGACGGAUGAGGUUAGAGUUGUGGAUCUGAGAGGUUGAGGUAAAGCUGUUGAUGUGCCGGUAGCAGAGCGCUCUCAACCAUUACUGCAACAUGGCGCAGUAACUCCGCUGCGAAUGGUACCUAGACUAGAUGAUGGCUGGCGUAUUGCCAGGCUGCAAGAACGCCAAGGGACUCCACCACGCUGCUACCGGUAAUCCGGUAUGCUAGCUGUUGGCAGUAGUCCCUCCGAAACCAUGAAACCCUCAUGACGAAUUUCCAAGCCUGGUUCUCUCUUGCAAAUUGAACAUGUAGUGCUGGAAGGAGAAAAUUGCAUCGCUCAGCUGCGGUCUUGAUCAGACGUCGUGACCCUUAUCCUCAAUCUACUUGGCUUGCUGGAAAACGACAAAGCAACAAGUGUAAAGUUGCUGUAUCCCCUGACAGCAAAGUCUAUUCCAAUCGCUCACUAGGAUGAUUUGUGCGCGACGAUGCGUAGCUGCUCGCGGCCUAGCCAAAGCUGCACGUGCCGCUCCAACAUUACACGCUCGCUUUCUUAACAAACAAAACAGUGUCGCCAAAUCAGCCACGAAGGGGACGGCUGUUACCUCGGCGGAUGCAGUGGAGCUCUCCGAAUUGCUGCACGUCGCAAAGCUUGCGGCCGAAAAGGGGGCGGAGGUCGUACGGGAGGCUUUGGAUCGCCCCCGAUCCAUCACCUUCAAAGGCGCAACGGACCUGGUAACUGAAACCGACAAGGCCAGUGAGGAAGCGGUACUCGCGGAGCUGCGCCGGCACUUCCCGCACCACGCGUUGCUGGGAGAGGAGGGCGGGGUGAGCGGCAACACCGCCAGCCCCUACCUGUGGUGUGUCGACCCUCUGGACGGUACCACCAACUUCGCUCACAGCUACCCCGCCUUUGCAGUCAGUGUGGGGGUGGUGCGCGGCGGGACACCCGUGGCGGGGGUGGUGGUGGAGUUUGCAGGCGGCCCGCACGCCUGGGUCACCCGUACCUACGAGGCCCACAAGGGGCGCCAAACCACCUGCAACGGUAAACCCGUACGAGUCAGCGAGGUUUCCGAUGUACGGCGGUCGCUGUUGGUUACCGGAUUCGGUUACGAGCAUGACGAGGCUUGGGCCGCCAACAUGGAGCUCUUCCGGCACUGGACGGACAUCAGUCAGGGCGUGAGGCGGCUGGGGGCGGCGGCGGUGGACCUGUGCCACCUGUCCAUGGGCCUGGUUGACGGCUACUGGGAGUACCGGCUGAAGCCCUGGGACAUGGCGGCGGGCGUCAUCAUUGCGCAGGAGGCGGGUGCACUGGUGACCACCAUGGACGGGCGGCCCUUCUCCGUCUUCGAGCGUUCCAUGCUGGCUAGCAACGGCCGACUGCACCAGCAGCUCCUCUCCGCGACAGAGCCCAAGACGCGGCAGUUGGUGGAGUCAGGAGUGGAGCUCUCGCCCUGGUUCGUACCGGCAGGGUACGACAUCUCCCUCUCAUCCAGCAACUAACCGACUAACUGAGAAGAUUUAGGCAAUGCAAUGUAACAUAAAAGGUCACUUGACACAGCAUGACGCAGCACGGUCCUUCAUACGUCAAUUGUGACUUUUUCCUGACGCAAAGGAUUAGGUGAGGAGCAACGCGUGCAUUACGCUGUUUCCUGUGAGGCAGUCACUGGAGGAAGGAAGAUUAUGGUUGUACCUUCCCUGGUAAUGCUUAAAGUCUGUCGUAAUGUUACGAUGUGUUUUGACGUGUUAGCUGUAAUGAGGGGUACGACUACUAGUAACUUAUUGACCAUAGGGCAGCGUGGGGUGCUAGAGAGAGGCCUGACCUAACUCCUUGCUUUCUCGCAUCUCUCAUGUACCUUACGGCGACCGCGAGCCCCCGUCCUAACUUGCC